AAAAUGAAGUCAAAGUCAAUGGAAUGAACAGUUGGAAUGAAGAAGAUGCCAAUAAUGAUUUUAGUUUUGCGGAGCUGGAGCACAUCCUUCCAGGAAGGAAACAAAACGGAAUUCCGCAUCACAGAGACAGCACUGCAAUUUUUAAUGGACAUACUCCUAGCUCUAAUGGUGCCUUACAGAUGCAGGAUUGCUUGGUGCCCAUGGGCAACAGUGUUGCCAGCAGGCUUUCUCCAGACUUUGCCCAGGAGGAGGAGCAGGCUGAGAAGAGCAGCACUGACUUCAGAGACUGCAUUUUGCAUCAGUUGCAACAGAGCACUAGAAACACAGAUGCUGUGCGGAAUCCACACAGAACUCAUUCCUUCUCCUUAUCAUCUUUGCACAGUAACACUAAAAUAAAUGGUGCUCACCACUCCGCUGUUCAGGGGCCUUCAAGCACAAAAAGCACUUCAGUACCUGCUCUUAGCAAGGCAGCACCUUCAGUGCCAUCCAAACCUUCAGAUUGCAAUUUUAUUUCAGACUUCUACUCCCACUCAAGACUGCAUCACAUAUCAAUGUGGAAGUGUGAAUUGACUGAGUUUGUCAAUACCCUACAAAGACAAAGUAGUGGUAUCUUUCCAGGAAGGGAAAAGUUAAAAAAAAUGAAAACAGGCAGGUCUGCACUUGUUGUAACUGACACAGGAAAUAUGUCAGUAUUGAGUUCACCCAGGCAUCAGAGCUGUAUAAUGCAUGUUGAUAUGGAUUGCUUCUUUGUAUCAGUGGGUAUACGAAAUAGACCAGAUCUCAAAGGAAAACCAGUGGCUGUUACAAGUAACAGAGGCACAGGAAGGGCACCUUUACGUCCUGGCGCUAACCCCCAGUUGGAGUGGCAGUAUUACCAGAAUAAAAUCCUGAAAGGCAAAGCAGCAAAGAUACCAGAUUCAUCAAUGUGGGAGAAUCAAGAUUCUGCACAAGCAAAUGGGAUUGAUUCUGUUUUGUCAAAGGCUGAAAUUGCCUCUUGUAGUUACGAAGCCAGACAAGUUGGCAUUAAGAAUGGAAUGUUUUUUGGGCAAGCUAAACAACUUUGUCCUAAUCUUCAAGCUGUUCCAUAUGAUUUUCAUGCAUAUAAGGAAGUUGCGCGAACAAUGUAUGAAACAUUGGCAAGCUACACACAUAACAUCGAAGCUGUGAGUUGUGAUGAAGCACUGGUAGACAUCACUGAGAUCCUUGCAGAGACCAGACUUACUCCUGAUGAAUUUGCAAAUGCUGUCCGCAUGGAAAUCAAAGACCAGACCAAAUGUGCUGCCUCUGUUGGAAUUGGUUCUAAUAUUCUUCUUGCUAGAAUGGCAACUAGAAAAGCAAAACCAGAUGGGCAGUACCACCUAAAACCAGAAGAAGUAGAUGAUUUUAUCAGAGGUCAGCUAGUUAGUAAUCUACCAGGAGUUGGACGUUCAAUGGAAUCCAAGUUGACAUCUUUGGGAAUUAAAACUUGUGGAGACUUGCAGUAUAUGACAAUGGCAAAACUCCAAAAAGAAUUUGGUCCCAAAACAGGUCAGAUGCUUUAUAGGUUCUGCCGUGGUUUGGAUGAUAGACCAGUUCGAACUGAAAAGGAAAGAAAAUCUAUUUCAGCUGAGAUCAACUAUGGAAUAAGGUUUACCCAGCCAAAAGAAGCAGAAGCUUUUCUUCUGAAUCUCUCAGAAGAAAUUCAGCGACGACUUGAAGCUGCUGGCAUGAAGGGUAAACGCCUGAUGCUCAAAAUCAUGAUACGAAAGCCUGGGGCCCCUGUAGAAACUGCAAAAUUUGGAGGCCAUGGAAUUUGUGAUAAUAUCACCAGGACUGUAACUCUUGACCAGGCAACAGAUAGUGCAAAGAUAAUUGGAAAAGCUACACUAAACAUGUUUCAUACAAUGAAACUAAAUAUAUCGGAUAUGAGAGGGGUUGGGAUUCACGUGAAUCAGUUGGUUCCGACCAACCCAGACCCUUCUUCAUGCCCCACUCGUCCAUCAGUUCUUCCUGGCGGGUCACACUCUGUCCUGGAUCUCUUCCAGGUUCAGAAAGCGAAGAAAUCCACAGAAGAGGAGCACAAAGAAGUAUUUCUGGCUGCUAUGGAUCUGGAAAUAUCAUCUGCCUCUAGAAAUUGCACUUUCUUGCCAUCUUUUUCAACACAUCUGACAUCAAGUGUCAAUCCUGUUACUAGCAAAGCUGAGUCUUCAGGGAAAUGGAAUGGUCUACAUUCUCCCAUCAGUUUGAAAUCAAGACUUAACCUGAGUAUUGAGGUUCCGUCACCUUCCCAGCUUGAUCAGUCUGUUUUAGAAGCACUUCCACCUGAUCUCCGGGAACAAGUAGAGCAAGUUUGUGCUGUUCAGCAAGGAGAGCUGCAUGGCGACAAAAAGAAAGAGCCAGUAAAUGGCUGUAAUACAGGAAUUUUGCCACAACCAGUUGGGACAGUUUUGUUACAAAUACCAGAACCUCAAGAAUCUAACAGUGAUGCAGGAAUCAAUGUCAUAGCCCUGCCAGCAUUUUCACAGGUGGACCCUGAGGUGUUUGCUGCCCUUCCUGCUGAGCUUCAGAAGGAGCUGAAGGCAGCAUAUGAUCAAAGACAAAGGCAGGGGGAGAAUGCCGUUCACCAGCAGUCAGCUGCUGCAUCUGUGCCAAAGAAUCCGUUACAUCAACUAAAACCAGCAGCAAUGAAAGAAAAGAAACGGAACAAGAAAAAAAAUCCCGUCAGUUCCCCAAAAAAGAUUCAGAGCCCUUUGAAAAACAAGUUGCUUAAUAGCCCUGUGAAAACUCUUCCAGGGGCUUGUGGGAGUCCCCAGAAGUUAAUCGAUGGGUUUCUGAAACAUGAAGGUCUUGCUUCUGAGAAACCUCUGGGAGAACUCUCUGCUUCCACUUCAGGUGUGCCAGGCCCUUCUGGUUUGCAGCCUGAGCCGUCUGGCCACGUGAGACCCCCAGCACCCAACCUAGCGGGAGCUGUUGAAUUCAGUGACGUGAAGACCUUGCUCAAAGAGUGGAUAACUACCAUUUCAGAUCCAAUGGAGGAAGACAUUCUGCAAGUUGUGAAAUACUGUACUGACCUAAUAGAGGAAAAAGAUUUGGAAAAACUGGAUCUAGUAAUAAAGUACAUGAAAAGGUUGAUGCAGCAGUCGGUGGAAUCGGUUUGGAAUAUGGCAUUUGACUUUAUUCUUGACAAUGUUCAGGUGGUUUUACAACAGACUUAUGGAAGCACAUUAAAAGUUACAUAAAUAUUA